AUGAUGGUUCAUUUCCUCGCAUCAAUUAUACUAUGUUUGUUUUUAGUUAUAAACCACCAUGUCUCUUGUCAAAGGAGCAAAACCGUCUACCAGAAAAUCCAACAGGAACCACAGUUCGCUGAAUUCAACGCCCUGGUGCGAUCCAACAGGGUGGCCAGACUGAACCUCCACUUCGAACAGCUGACAGUGUUCGUACCGGAAAACAGAGCCUUCCGGGAUCUGCAGGGGGAUCUGAACUCCAACCUGGCCUUCUACCAUAUGAGCUUCGAUGUGUACCCUCUGGAUUCGCUCGGCAAGAAAAACUCGCUGAGCAGCGUGAAUUUGGAGAACCCGCCGCUGUGGAUCACCAGAGUCGAUGAGGAUGUUUAUGUUAAUAACGCCAAGAUUCUACAAGAUAAGUCGAAUUAUGUGUCCAGAAGUCGGGACGGAUAUAUGGGAAAACAACAGGUCCUCCACAUGAUAGACGAAGUUCUGGAUCCAGUGAUACCUUCCCCAAAGUACUCCCCAACCGCUUACGACUUCCUAUCAACCACCGUCGACUGGCGGCUGCAAGCAUCCCUUAGUGUAUCGAAUUUCUUCACCAAAGUGAAAGAAAACAAACUCCAGCACGUCUACGAGCAAAACAUCGGACACACAUUCUUCGUCCCUCUGGAUUCCGGCAUGGAUCCCCACAAAUUCCGGAUGAUGGACAAGCACAUCGUGCUCGGUCACGUGAUACCCUCCCACGUUCUCUUCACUAGACCAACUCGCAAAAACUUCCCUUACGAAUCUUUAACCAAUGACGACUACGCUUAUAUAGUGCUGUCUUUCACUGAGAGAGAAGGAAAGCUGUUCGUGAAGGGGCUAGCGAGGGGUAGCUACGGGGAGGGGCAAUUUUACUCUGAGGUGGUCGUCCCGAACAUACCAGUGAAAAACGGCGUGGUGCAUCUCAUAGCGCAACCUCUCGGCAUCGUUAAUAGGGCUCUAAGACCUUUUCCCUACCUGCCAAUCUUGGAGAAACUCAGCACAGAUCCUAGCCUGGAGGUUGUGUACACUAUGGGGGAGAGAACCGGAUUCAACAAGAUCUUCUCCAGGAAAAACGUCAGCUUCACCUACUUGGUUAGCAGAGACUCGUCGUGGAAGAAACUCGAAGAAGGUGGCUUGGAUCCAAUGGAAAAAGACCUGGAUAUGUUGAAAAGGCACCUGAUCAUUUCCCAGACACCUUACUCUGUGGAACAGCUUUAUUCCUUGACCAAAGCGAAUAAUUACACCGGGAUUGACCUCCGAACUGAAGCUGGUCCAUUGAGGAUCAUGGUGGUGAAGAUAGAUCAGGACUACUACUUGAGAUGGUACACUAGGUACAUCAAGUUCUUGAGAGCUGAUUACGAGUGCACUGAUGGGAUCAUCCAUGUUUUGUCUAGUCCUCUGGCUAACUUUAGGAAGAAGGACGAAAUUUCGACCGUUGCUCUUAGAACUGAUUAUAAAGGUUAUUGGGAGACCUUCAAGCAUGCAUUUUUCAAAAUACUGAACGUGUGGAAUUGAUGGGGAACUUGAGGAGUUUUGA